AACGUCGUUAUCUUUGGAGAAACAGGAGCGGGCAAAAGCUCUGUCAUUAACCUGUUAGCUGGCCAAGCGAUUGCACACAUAUCGCCCGACUCUCACCGCUGUACUCUGCAUUGGACGGAGUACCAAAUAACCUUCGAAGAUGGGUCUCGAUACAAGGUGUUUGAUACGGUCGGCCUCGAAGAACCUCGUCUACAAACCGGAGAGUACCUCUCCGCAAUUUCAAAUGCAUAUGGCCUCAUCAACACUUUGAAAGGACGUGGAGGUGUCAACCUCUCGCUUUACAAUCGGAGG